AUGCCCAAAGGAUUCCUGGUAAAAAGAAACAAGAAAUCUGCACAUGUUUCCUACAGGACUCGCUCGGACGAAGAUGACCUCCAGGAGCCACCCACCCCAGCUGCCUUGCCGAGUCAGGCGGACCCCUCCCCGCCGAUGUCCGUGGCGUCCAGUCCGGACCGCGCCGCAGCAUCGCCGGAUUUCACCGCGGCUGACGCGCCGGUGCCGAGACUGGAGAAGCCGGCACAGUUCGGCAACCCAGAGGCGGUUUGCCAAGCCCUCUACAGCCCCACCCGGCCCAUCAGCAAGGAGCACGACAGGGGAUAUUUUGAGCGAAGUUUCAAUCUGGGCUCGCCUAUUUCUGCCGAGUCAUUCCCGACACCCGCCUCCCUCUCCGGCCUGGACCACCUCCUGUACGCCCCGGUCGACCUGAAAAUCGGUACCAGCAACAGCAGCCGCAGCGGCACCACCAGCAGCCUCCCGCCACCGAGCAACCGGGUCGCCGCCAAAAGACCCGCAGCUGACGGUACAGAGCGCAAAUCUAAACCCGCCUCCAAGAAACCCAAAGCCAUUAGAAAACUCAACUUUGAAGACGAGGUGACGACUUCUCCCGUGCUUGGUCUCAAAAUCAAAGAGGGGCCGGUGGAGAUGAAGCCGAGGGCGCAGUCCUCCGGAGGAAACAAGCCUUUGGGGGAGUUUGUGUGUCAGCUGUGCAAGGAGGCGUACGCGGAUCCCUUCUCUCUGGCUCAGCACAAGUGCUCCCGCAUUGUCAGGGUCGAGUACCGGUGUCCCGAGUGCGAUAAGAUGUUCAGCUGCCCGGCCAACCUCGCCUCUCACCGCCGCUGGCACAAACCCCGGGCCACCGGCGCACCGGCCAUGCCCCCCGCACCGGGCAUCAAACCUGAAAUGGCCAAAAUGCCACCGCUAAGUGUCAAGCCAGUCUCCGACGAAGCCAAAGACGUGAGUGACAGAGAUACCCCGAGUCCAGGUCUGUCCGAGUCGGGUUCUGAAGAUGGCUCGUAUGACUGCCAGUUCUGCGGGAAGAGGUUUAAGCGACAGGCAUACCUAAGAAAACACAUCAUGGGACACCAGGCCUUGCAAAAGAAAGUGCUGGAGGAGCACGGGUUUCAAACCAGCGACCGCGCUGCAGAGCAGGCACCGGUGUCAUCCUCCUCUUCCUCCUCCUCCUCCUCCUCCUCCACUGCAUCAUCAUCCUCCUCCUCAGAAGAAGCCUCAAACCAAAGCCCCCUCAAUCUGAGCCCGGUGGACUGCCUGCUGUGCCCGGUGUGCGGGGAGAGUUUCACCAGCAGGGCCGGCCAGGAGCGACACCUGCGCCUCAUGCACUCCUCCCAGAUUUACCCGUGCAAAUACUGCCCCGCCACUCUGUACAGCUCGCCGGGGCUCACCAGGCACAUAAACAAGUGCCACCCCUCGGAGAACAGGCAGGUGAUCCUGCUCCAAAUGCCGGUGCGCCCCGCCUGCUGA